AUGCCCGUUCAGUCGAAGAUUUGCCGUGGUGCCGCUGUGCUGGGCGCGAGUGCGGUUGGUCUGGGCUUUGUGGUGCCACAGGUGCCGAAUGCCAGCCCCAGCGCGGCACGGGCCGCGGCGUCCACGGCGUCUGCCUCCCCGGCCUCCCCUGCCUUCAGCCCGAGCACGGGCAUCGCGAGCUGCGCAGUGGCCGGGGCCGUGAGCUUCGCCGCAGCCCGCCGCGCCGGCGCCCGCAGCACCCGCGCCCGCAGCAGCGCCAACGCCCGAGCCCAGCGGGUGGCGUUGUUUGCCCGCGGCGGCGAGGAAGACACGCGCGUGUGCAUCCCGCUUGAGGAACUCCGCAACACCGAUGUGGACAAAGUGGGCGGCAAGAGCGCCUCCCUGGGCGAGAUGAUCUCGCAGCUCUCCGACGUGGGUGUGCCGGUGCCAGGUGGCUUCAGCACCACUGCGUUUGCCUACAAGGAGUUCCUGGACAAAGGUGGCAUCAACGACUUCAUUAACAAUCAGCUCUCGGAUGAUACCAUCUACACAGAUGUGAACAAGCUGAUGGAGGUGGGCAAAGCAAUCCGUGACAAGAUCAUGGACACCCCGUUCCAGCAGGAUUUUGAGGCGGAGCUGAAGGAACAGUGGAGCCGCGUCUCCGGCGGCGACGACAAGUUCACGUUCGCAGUGCGGUCUUCUGCGACGGCCGAGGAUCUGCCAGACGCUUCCUUCGCUGGGCAGCAGGAGACCUUCCUCAACGUCAUGGGCUAUGAGGACCUGAAGCAGAAGGUGCACUUGGUCUUCGCAUCGCUCUUCACAGACCGAGCCAUCUCCUACCGCCAUGACCGAGGCUUUGAGCACGAGAAGGUCCAGCUCUGCGCAACCUGCCAAAAGAUGGUGCGCAGCGAGACCGGCUCCGCAGGCGUCAUGUUCUCCCUUGACACCGAGAGCGGCUUCAAAGAUGUGGUCUUUGUGACCGCUGCAUGGGGCCUGGGCGAGACGGUGGUGGGUGGCACCGUGAACCCGGACGAGUGGUAUGUCUUCAAGCCCACGCUGGCGGAGGGCAAGAACUCCGUGGUCUCGCGCACCAUGGGCUCCAAGCUGGUGAAGAUGAUCUACAAGGAAGGCGGCGGCUCGGAGGUGGUGGACACCAGCGAGGAGGAGCAGAACAAGUGGUCGGCCUCGGAUGAGGAGGUCAAGGCCUUGGCCGAAAUGGCCGUGAAGAUCGAGAAGCACUAUGGCCGGCCCAUGGACAUCGAGUGGGCCAGGGAUGGGGACGACGGCAAGCUGUACAUCGUGCAGGCCCGGCCAGAGACGGUGGCCUCCCAGAAGAAGGUCGGCGUCAUCGAGGAGUACAAGAUGCUCGAGAAAGGUGGCGAAAAGGUGGCAGAGGGCCGCGCCGUGGGCAAGCGCAUUGGCAGCGGCAAGGUGAACAUCCUCACCAGCAUUGAUCAGAUGGCUGAGUUCGAGAAGGGUCAGGUGCUGGUCGCUGACAUGACGGACCCCGACUGGGAGCCCAUCAUGAAGAAGGCUGGCGCCAUCAUUACCAACCGCGGCGGCCGCACCUGCCACGCGGCCAUCAUCGCCCGCGAGCUGGGCAUCCCGGCCAUCGUCGGCUGCGGGGACGCCACGGACAAGGUCAAGAAAGGUGACGCGGUGACCGUCUCCUGUGCGGAGGGCGACACUGGCUACAUCUACAAGGGCGAGCUGAAGUUCGAGCCGAUCAUGAUGAACGUGGGCAAUCCUGAGACUGCCUUCUCCUUCGGCCAGCUUCCCAACGAGGGCAUUGGCCUGGCGCGCCUGGAGUUUGCCGCACAGCUCAAUAAAAUGCAAGCCAGGCUUCAGGCACAAAGACCAACGGCACGCAUGACUUGCUGA